AUGCAGACACAGUUCUUGUACCAUCUGCUGGGAGUCUGUUUGCUCCUGAUCCAGCUUCCCGGUGAGGUCCCAGGUCGCAGGGUGGCCAAAUCUGUUAAGGUAUGUGGCCGUGAAUAUACCCGUCUUCAUAAUGAGGUCUGCAGCUCCGCCAAUUUGAGGGGGCACAGAAAUGAGUCAAAGCAUGCUCACCGUCACCCAGGUAAAUAUCAACCAGAUUUUCGUUUUACUGAUGUUCCUGACACGAGUAUUUCCUCUCUCCCCAUUCCUUUUUAUAACUUAGAAACAUCAUCCUCCACCAAUCAUAAUGCAGAAGGCUUAAAUAUUAGGGUGGAAUCCGGUUUUAUGUUGCCAGAAAAUCUGAAGUCAGAACUGCCUGGGAAUCAACCUUCACGGAUUGGAAAAAGAUCUGGAUUACAGGAUGCAAAACUUAACUCCGCAGAAUUUAAGAACAUCAAUCUUAAGAAACUGAGUAAAGCAAAACACCAUAAAAAUGACAAUCUCUUAGUAUCAAACAACUUAGCUUUUAAUAAACAUUCCCAGAAAAAGAAACUAAACUCUCAUCAAAUAAAGAAAAAGUGUUGUAUUCAAGGUUGUACGAGACGAGAGAUUGCUAGAUUCUGCUAA